GAGCCAGCUUCCGCCGCAUCGCAUGACUAAACCGGUUAUACUACCUGAUCGCCUUUAGUUACGAUGUCAUCCGAUGAAGAAUAUAUCGGUGAAGGAACUGGAGAUGAAGAAGACAUUAAUGUCGGGCGAGUAGGUCGAGCAGGCGACGCUUCAUCGCGCUCAAGGAGGAAAAAGCAACGAGGAGGUGCAGAAUGGGAGGUCUCAAGGACGUGGGAAACUUUGGUCGAAGGCGCAGAUGGGACUAUUAGCUCUACGGUUGGAAGCCUUCUUGAGGCAGGAAAACGCAAAAGGUUGUUGAGAGACACAACGCCUUUACAACGAGGUAUCAUUCGGCAUUUAAUCCUCAUUCUGGAUCUUUCACAAUCGAUGUCAGAGAAGGACCUGCGGCCAACACGUUACCUUUUAAGCCUUCGUUAUGCAAAAGAGUUUGUGGUGGAAUUCUUCGAGCAGAACCCAAUAUCCCAACUAGGAGUGCUGGGAUUAAGAGAUGGCCUCGCGAUCAGGAUUAGUAACAUGAGCGGAAAUCCGACCGAACAUAUCACAGCGAUUGAAGCACUGAGGAAUCAGGAUCCGAAGGGCCUUCCUAGUCUCCAGAAUGGACUUGAGAUGGCCCGUGGAGCUCUUUUUCACACGCCUAGUCACGGCACUCGGGAAGUCCUCAUUAUCUUCGGUUCUCUUCUCUCCUCCGACCCAGGAGACAUCCACCAAACAAUUUCAACCUUAAUUAGUGACAAGAUUCGUGUUGGGAUUAUUGGUCUUGCUGCACAGGUCGCUAUCUGUCGGGAAUUAUGCGCCAAGACAAAUGGAGGGGAUGAUACUGUUUACGGUGUGGCCCUGAACGAGCAACAUCUUCAUGAAUUGAUGAUGGAUGUGACAACCCCACCUGCAACCUUUCAACAGAAGCAGUCUACAAGCUCUCUCCUGAUGAUGGGGUUUCCAUCACACACUGUCGAGGCCCAUCCCUCUCUCUGCGCGUGUCAUUCUAAGCCGUCUUGCGGUGGAUAUCUCUGCUCCCGAUGCAGUAGCAAAAUAUGUUCACUCCCUGCAGAGUGUCCGGCCUGCGGCCUAACUCUCAUUUUGUCUACCCAUCUUGCUCGUUCAUAUCACCAUCUUUUCCCUCUGAUUAACUGGGUGGAGGUUCCAUGGGAACAUGCUUCACGAAGUGCAUCGUGCUUCGCCUGUGGAGUUAACUUCCCUCCAGUUCCCUCAAGGGAUCAAUGGCACUCUGCAGAAAGCCAAGCAAGGGGAGUCAGCAUGAGCAGUCGCUAUGAGUGCACAGUGUGCAAGAAUCAUUUCUGUAUUGACUGCGAUCUCUUCGCCCAUGAGGUUGUGCAUAACUGCCCUGGAUGUCAAAGCGGAACCAUCCACCAAAUACCAAGUGCGGAAACAGUAGAGCCAUGUACUUCUAAAGAUCGCCAAUAUCCCGAUCAAAUGGACACAACAUAGUUGAACUAUUUCGCUUUGCCGACUCCCAAUAUCCUGGGCAUUGUCAAAACGGCAAAUGCUUGAUAACGGAAGUUUCUCGGGGGACCAAUAUGGCUCUCGUUCAAAAAACACCCCAUACUGCGUAUCUGAGAUUCAGAUAGUCCAGAUAAACUUGCAGUUUACACACAACGCCAAUCCAUAUAUCACGUGUAUGAUAUACUAGUUGACAG